AUGUCCUCAAGCGACGGGUCGUUCCCCAUCAUCAUAUCUCUGACGGGAGACCGGAGAACCAACGAUGUGGCGCUAAUCGACGAAAACACCGAAUCUUUCGAGGAGCUCGCCGCUCUGCUUUACCAGAGUCUUCGCCCAAAGAUCCCCGAGUUCUACCUUGAGCAGGGCGAGAGGACCAUCACCAAGCUCUGGGCGCAGUGGAACCACAGCAACAACGACUUCCUUCCGCAGGAGACGCAGAUUGUUGAGGGCAAUGUCCGCGCCGUCCUGCGGCUUCUGGCCGUCCGUCGGGGUGUGGACUCGAUCCGAGUGUGGCUCAACGAGAUCGACUAA